CAAGCCGUUAGUACACGGAUUGUCACCAAACACAUGGUAUUUUUGUAGGUGAACAGUCAGAAUGUGAGGAGAGGUUAGUGAGGGGUUGAGGGGUCAAAGGUAAUUAUAGGUGGUAUUUAUUAUCUCAUUCAUACUGUUAUUUCUCACCAGGCACAUAUAUAUAGUCUGUCGUGUGCCCCCCCUUAUACUUCUUGAUUUCUUGAUUACUCUUUAACUACACGCUCUACUUCACUUUAUAUACCCAAAGCGUCCUUUUUUAGUCCUUUCAACAUGGCACCAGCUCUCCUCGAGACCCUUCCCACGGCGCCCUACCAGAGCAAGAAGGCCGUUGAUACUACCAUCUUCCACGAUGGCAUCAAGACUUCCGGACAGCACCCUCCCCUCUAUGACCAACUGAGGCCAUACUCCGAAUUCCCAAAGGUCUGCUCUGGUCCGUCGCUGUGGAAGCCAGAGGACUACAAAGACAACCCAGAGAAAUGGGUCCACAGGUUCACUGCCGAGGAGAUCGAAGAGCUCGGUUCUGUGGCAGACAAGUUCAUCGCAGACGGCAUUCCUCUAACUGGUAUUUCAAAGAGCAACUUCGUUCUCCCAAAGCUCGGGAAGCUCCUGUCAGAUGUUAAGCACGACCUUAUUGAAGGCAAGGGAUUCAUACUCUUCAAAGGCAUCCCAGUCCAAGUAUGGGAUAACCACAAGUGCGCGGCUGCAUACAUGGGACUCGGCACAUACCUAGGCUACUUCAUCAGCCAAAACUCCCGCGGUCAUGUCCUGGGUCACGUCAAAGACGUCGGCGACGACGCCACGCAAACCGACAAAGUCCGCAUCUACAGAACAAACGCUCGCCAAUUCUUCCACGUCGACGACUGCGACAUCGUCGGCCUCCUCUGCAUAGCCCGCGCCCUCGAAGGCGGCGAAUCCGACCUCGCCUCCACCCAACACGUCUGGAACACCCUGCAGCGCGAGCGCCCCGACGUCGCCGAGACCCUCACAAAGCCCAUCUGGUACUACGACCGCAAAGGCGAGACCUCCUUCGGCGAAGACGAGUACGUGCGCCAGCCGCUCUUCUACCUCGAGACCGGCUCCGACAACCCGCGCGUCUUCGCGAAAGCCGAUCCCUACUUCGUCAAGUCUCUCAAGCGCUUCUCGGAUAUCGGGGAGAUCCCGCCAUUGUCGUCGGAGCAGCUGGAGGCGCUGCAGGUGCUGGAGGAUACGUGCAUGAGGCUUAGUUUGCAUAUGGUGCUUGAGCUGGGCGAUAUCCAGUUCUUGCAUUCGGGACCCCAUGUCUUUCACUCGCGCACGGCGUAUAAGGAUAACCUGCCCCCGCUCCCAAGACGCCACUUGAUGCGUCUCUGGCUCGCUGUUCCCGAGAGCGAGGGAGGGUGGAAACUGCCCUUCCAUGACUCGAAUGAGAAGAAGCGUGGUGGGAUCCAGGUUAAUGAUACACCGCCCGUCUGCCCGUUGGAUGCGGAGUAAACGGCUCGCCCUUCCAAAUGAAAAUGAGAAGCAUUCGCCUGGCGCGGUGCUGAAAUUGGACGCGGAGUACUGUUGUACACGACUCUUUCGAUUCUUACACACCUCGUCGCCCCCGCUCCCAUCCCGCCACCGGCCUCACAUAACAGCCCACAUCAGAUCAACGCCCCUCCCAUACGGACUCCGGCCGAUAUGGACACCACGCCGCACUCUUAUCACCACGCGCGUGGUAUUCAGACAAUAUUCCCCGCCACGACCGCCGUCCCAGGGACACAACUGCGCGCAGCACGUGUGCGUGAUUCGCGGCCCGCGGGCGGAGCAUUCGAAGACGAGGGUAGAGCAGUUUGAGAAACCCAUGUCAGGGGCGCAGGGGGUGGUGAUCUCCAUCCAGGUGUGGUGACAGGUUGGGGAGUGGAGGGUUUGGACUUGGCACAUUGUUGUGGUGGGGUUGUAUAUAUAAUAGCUUGUGAUGAAUGAU